AUGUCAUGGCUGGCUCGCUCCAUCGCCAAUUCCCUCCGCCUCGACGGCGAAGAUGAAGGUGGGCCCGACGAGGAGGGCGGGGCCACGUACGACGUCGUUCCUCCAGAAGAUCCGCCGCGCGACAACGCGCUCUCCGCCGGAGAUCGUCGGUCGUCGAGCGACGGCGGCGGACGCAGCAGCUUCGGGGAGGAAGAAGAUGCCUCCGGAGUUGAUGAUCGGCGUGGGGUGAAGGAGGAUUUGUCGGAAUUGAAGGACAGCCUCGCGCGUCAACUCUGGGGCGUCGCCUCGUUUCUCGCUCCUCCGCCCCCUCCCCCUCCUCCACCGCCGUUAUUUCCGAGGUCAGGUUAUGAAUCCGUGGCGCGUGGCGGCGGAGAGACUGGCCAAUUGGAGCCGUCGGAGGAGGAUUAUCAUCCAGAUUUUGUGGAGGACGCAAUUGGGAUUACUGAAGAAGUUUUAGCCUUCGCGAGGGAUAUCGCGCAUCACCCAGAGACGUGGUUUGAUUUUCCGUUGUCGGAGGAAGAGGAAUUCGACGACUUCGAUAUAUCCGAUGCACAGUUCAAGCAUGCAUUGGCAGUCGAACAUCUAGCACCAAGAUUAGCUGCUCUAAGAAUCGAGCUUUGUCCGGUUCACAUGAGUGAGGAAUACUUUUGGAUGGUCUACUUUGUGCUUUUGCAUUCAAGGUUAAGUAAACAUGAUGCUGACUUAUUGUCCUCGUCACAGCUUGCCCAAGCAAGGAUUAUGUGGAUGCAUGAAUUAGAGAAAAGGACCAAAGAGGAGUUGCCCGAGCUAAGUCUGAGUACCGAACCUUUAUACUCACCUCAUCAAAACUUCAUCAUUCACUCUGAUGAUGAACUCAACGAUCGAUUUGGAAAUGGUAAUGCAUCCGAAGUUGUCACACUGGUUGAGUCUCAUGUGCGGCGCCAAACGGCAGAUGCCAAACAUGAGAUUGAAAAACACUCGGUCAACGAAAUUGAAUUUAUCGACAAAUCUGUCAUUAAAGAGGAUUUAGCACCACCCGAACUUCAUGAGAAAGAGGUGAUCGUGAGUUCAAGUUCAAUAACUGCACGGGAUUAUGAUCAUGAUGAUGAUGAUAACAAUGAUGAUGAUGAUUGGUUGAAGGAUGUAUCAGAGUUUAUUGGUUAUUCGGAGAAGUCAGUCAUGGGAAAUGAAGAAGAUAUAUCGUUUAGUGACUUGGAGGAUGAUUUAGAUCACACGAUGCCUGUAAAAUACAAUAUACCCAAUAUACCCCCCUUCUGA